CGUCAAAGUCAAAUCAAAUGUCAACUUGAUUUGUUUCAAAACUAAAGAGUGAAUUUGGUUUUUGUAAACCUAAAUCUACUUUCAUCUUGAAUUUGUGAUAUUGUUUAAACACUUAAAAUGGCUAUGUUUCCUGGAACUAUUGCUUUUGAUGAAUUUGGUCGUCCAUUUAUAAUUUUGAAGGACCAAGAAAAUCAAAAACGUCUUACCGGUACAGAUGCUAUAAAGUCUCACAUCCAAGCUGCUCAACAAAUAGCCAGCAUUUUACGCACAUCUCUUGGUCCUCGUGGACUUGAUAAGAUGAUGGUGUCAUCUGAUGGAGAAGUUACAGUCACCAAUGAUGGAGCUACAAUUUUGAAGCUGAUGGAUGUUGAGCAUCAGAUUGGUAAACUCAUGGUACAGUUGUCUCAGAGUCAGGAUGAUGAGAUUGGUGAUGGUACCACUGGAGUUGUGGUUUUAGCUGGUGCUCUUUUGGAACAAGCGGCAAUCUUGAUUGACAAAGGCAUUCAUCCAAUUCGUAUUGCUGAUGGGUUUGAGAUGGCCUCAGCGACAGCAUUGGCUCACUUAGACUCAAUCAGUGAGGCAUUCCCAGUGAAUAAGGACACUAGAGAGCAUCUUAUCAAAGUUGCCAUGACAACCCUUGGCAGCAAGGUUGUUGUAAAGUGUCAUCGUUUGAUGGCUGAAAUUGCUGUUGAUGCUGUGCUGACAGUAGCUGAUCUGGAGAAGAGGGAUGUUAAUUUCGAACUGAUCAAAGUGGAGGGUAAAGUAGGAGGGCGUAUGGAGGAUUCAAUGCUUGUGAGGGGUGUUGUAAUUGACAAAACUAUGAGCCACCCUCAGAUGCCAAAAAUGUUGAAGGAUGUGAAAUUGGCAAUUUUGACAUGUCCAUUUGAGCCACCUAAGCCCAAGACAACACACAAGUUGCAUGUUGGCUCGGUCGAGGAAUACAGAGAGCUGCGUCAAUAUGAACAGGAGAAGUUUUUAGAGAUGGUGCGCAGAGUGAAAGACACCGGAGCAACACUAGCCAUCUGUCAGUUUGGUUUCGAUGAUGAGGCAAACCAUUUGCUUCUCUCACAAGGUCUGCCCGCUGUGCGCUGGGUGCAUGGACCUGAAAUGGAACUUAUCGCGAUCGCCACCGGUGGCCGCAUUGUGCCACGCUUUGAGGAGCUCACACCAGACAAACUGGGCUCCUGUGGACUUGUGAGGGAACUCACAUUUGGUACAUCCAAGGAUGAAAUGUUGGUGAUUGAACAGUGUUCAAACUCUCGCGCGGUGACAGCGGUAGUGCGUGGUGGCAACCGCAUGAUUGUGGACGAGGCUAAGCGCUCAGUGCACGACGCGUUGUGCAUCGUUCGCAGUCUUGUUCAGGACUCCCGUGUUGUGUACGGCGGAGGCGCUGCAGAGAUCUCGUGCUCGCUGGCAGUGGCGCGUGCCGCAGAGAAGUUGUCCUCGCUUGAGCAGUAUUCAUACAGGGGCUUUGCUGAUGCCCUCGAGUCUAUACCUCUAGCAUUAGCGGAGAACAGUGGUCUUUCACCGAUCGACACACUAUCGGAGGUGAAGGCACGCCAAGUGUCGGAGAACAACAGCAAUCUCGGUGUUGAUUGCAUGGGCACAGGUUCAAAUGACAUGAAGGCAAUGAAUGUAAUAGAGUCAUUACACUCUAAGAAGCAACAGAUCGCACUCGCUACGCAACUCGUUAAGAUGAUAUUGAAGAUUGAUGAUGUACGCUCACCUGCUGACAGCAUGCAGUAAACUUAAAUAUUUACUCUGAGCUGGACUGUAUGGAGAGUUGUAUGUGAAUGCUAUAUAAAGCUGGGAUGAUUAUUGCUAAAUAUGGUAUUAACCAUAAGUUUGCGGUACAAAAACUUUAAAAAAUACAUGAUUUUGGUUAUGGAAUGGUCACAAACUAUUAAUAAAGAAUAUGUGGUGUCUAAGGUUUUUGUCAAACUUAUAAUAUGAUCCUUCUGUUAAUAUGUUUGUCCAUAAAGUAUGUAAAAGUUCCAGUUUUAUAUUUGCAUUGUCUUAAUUCUAUCAAAUUAUUUAAUGCUUUAAAAUACUAUUCUGUAUUAACAUUUUAAUUUAAUAUUUUUAAAGCUUACAUUGAAAAUGUUAAGAUUCAUCUAAAUAUGUAGAAGAAUAAUUUUGUGUCUACCAUAUCUCAGUGAAGUUCACAUGUGAAAGGUGUUUGUCUUAUUUUAUGUUUAGUUCUUGCAUUUGUUUAAAACUAGUUUUACAGUACUGAGUAUGAAGAAUAUGCCUUAAUGCACUAAUAAAAUACUAAAUGAA